GGAGGCUCAACAAUAACGGAUUGUCUGGUACUCUCCCCAUAUCAUUAUUCACACUUGACACUCUCACAACCUUGACGCUUUUUAGCAAUUACUUAGGAGGUGAGAUCCCAAUGGAAUUUGGCUUAUUCAAGAACUUGAAAGUGCUGGAUUUCAGCGAUAAUAGUUUGAGUGGUCAAAUCCCCUACACCUUAGGCAACUUAUCGAAGUUGACUCACUUGGAUCUAAGUGAUAACAAGUUCACCGGUUAUAUCCCUCCCUCUUUGGGCAAUUACAAUAAUCUAACAUUAUUUGUUGCCCACACUAACCCAAAAUUUGCAUGUCGCCAUUGAGGACUAGUUCAAGAAUCAACAAUCGAUCUGCAGAGGGCAUUGUACUUAUG